UUGCUUUCUCUUUCAGAAGUUAGUUCUGCUCAAAUCUCUCUACAUACUCUCUCUUUAGGAAACACCACAAUAAUUUACUUUAAAUCAUUGUACCAUUGGUUCCUCUUGAUAUAAUUCCAUUCAUUUUUUUAAUUCACUCAGUACACUGUUCUUCUAAAUUUCUCUCUUGAAUUUUUUUUUUGAGAGAAAUUUUGAAAAUGCCUCUGGUUAGAGCUCAAGUAAAGAACGAGUAUAGCCUUGGUAAACCGGAGCUUUACAAGGAAGUUAAUAGAGAAGAUCCUAAAGCUGUUCUCGAUGGCGUCACCGUCUCCGGUCUCGUCGGGAUCUUACGGCAAUUAGGCGACCUUGCUGAAUUUGCAGCAGAGGUUUUUCAUGGAUUACAAGAGCAAGUGAUGAGCGCAGCUUCUAGAAGUCAUAAAUUGACGGUUCGUGUCCAACGGAUUGAAGCAGCGCUUCCGUCUCUUGAGAAGGCUGUUCUUUCCCAAACAAGUCAUAUACACUUUGCUUACACAGCUGGUUCCCAAUGGCACCCUCAAAUGCACAUUGAGAAAAAACAUUUCAUCUACAAUGACUUGCCACGCUUUGUUAUGGAUUCCUAUGAAGUUUGUCGUGACCCUCCAUCUCUGCACUUGCUUGACAAAUUUGAUGCUGGUGGCUCUGGCUCUUGUUUGAAGAGAUAUUCAGACCCAACUUACUUCAGGAGAGCAUCAGGUAUCUCCAUUGAAGAAGAUGCUGAGAAAUACCCAAGAAAUAGGAAGACUCGUAAAAGCAAGAAAAGAAGAUCAUCCCACAGGAAUGGCAAACUGUCACGUGGUGCAUCAUUGUUUGAUCAUAGUAGCAGAAUGCAAUUUACUUCUCCAAUUGAUUUUGGGCAAAUUUCUUCCCCUCAAACUGCAUAUACAGUCGACAUGACACUGACAUCUGAAGUGGGAGAGCGUUCAAAUUCAUUUGAUUCGAGAACUGUUUCUGGAUAUCAUGAAUCUGUUUCAGAACUGGGUUCAUCCAUGCUUCCUGAGGAACAGGAACUCAAGGAACGUUCUUCUAGGUUGCUGCAUGAAAUUGAUACCCUUGGUUCAGAUUUUCCUGUAGAACAAACUCUGGUUAUGAAUGAUAACUUAUCUCACGGUUCAUCACAAGAGCAGAUCGCCCCAAGUCCAUCUUAUGUAAUGUGGGAUGAAAAGGCAGAAAUAUUGGAGUCCAAAGCAGGAAAUUGGGACAGAGGUGAAGUUCCUGAGACAAACUUUGACUUAGAUGUGCAGGAAACUGGAGCUGUCAGUCUUGGGGAUGGUGACCAAAUGGACAUCACAUCUACUCACAUGGAUGCUCUCCGAUCAAGUUCUAUUGAGAACCAAAGUUACGAAAUUGAAAGUGAACCAGACUAUUACAUGGAUGCACUGAACACAAUAGAAUCAGAAUAUGAAAAUGAUAUUGGGUGCUAUACAAAAAGAGAAGUGGAGCAGUGGUCUGAAAAUGAGGUCAAGUGCCAAAUGAAAUGGGAAGUGGAGCAGAAUGAUGGUGCUAACCAUGUUAACACGGAGAAUAGAGAAGAUGGAAUGCCUGCAGUUACAGAUGAUAAUGUAGUUCAUCAUCUAUCUAUGGUUGAAUCCUCUGCCUCAUCCAAUAUCAUUUCUAGCAAUGGAAUCUCCACGAGUUUACCUGAUCCAUAUCCCUCACAGAAUCCUCCCAUUGAACAGAUGUUGCAACUCUCGGGGAAAUCUUCUGAUCCUGACAAUUUACCCAGUACAGAUUUAUACACAAGUGAUGAAAUUCAUAAUAUUCACCCAGUACAGAUGUUGCCUAAGGUUACAGAUGAUAAUGCAGACCAUCAUCCAUUAAUAAUUGAAUCCUCUGCCUCAUCCAAUAUCAUUUCAGGCAUUGGGAUCUCCACGAGUUUACCUGAACUAUCUCCCUCAGAGAAAUUUUCCACUGAACAGAUGUUGCAGUUCUCAGGGAAAUCUUCUGAUCCUGACAAUUUACCCAGUACAGAUUUAUGCACGAGUGAUGAAAUUCAUAAUAUUUCACUAGUGGAACCUGUCAUCAGUGAUCCAUCCUCCUCCUCUGGCUACUCGGUUUCUGAUUCAGCAAGUGAUAGUAUCAUAAACAGUGCCAGUGACUCUCAAAAUUCCCAUACUGAAUUUUCUGGUGUGCAUUCAGUAGGGUUCUGGACAAAUGGUGGUCUUUUGGGACUUCAGCCAUCAAAACCUCCUGAUUUUGCUGUAUCAACUACAAGUCAGGGUUCUGCAGCCAAAACUAGUGAAGCAUUUGGUCCUCCAAAUCAAACUGUUAUGGCCUUGCGCAAUGGACCUGAAGGAAACUCAAUUAAAGCUGUUGAGAAUGAAGAAAGUAUUCAGAAGCUUCCGGGUUCAUGUUGUGAGAAAACUUCCCUUCCGAUAGCUGAUUUGGAUGCCAGUCUUGCAAAACCUGUUACUUCUCAUUGUAAUAGUAGUCUUGAUAGUUUUAAUGAUGUUGGUUCGAGCAUAAACACUUCAUUCUCACAUGGAAACAAUCAGCCGGUCACUCUUAAUGUUAAAGCUACAUCUGUUGAAUCUGAUGAGGAAAAUGAUGACAACUCAUCUCGGAUGUUUGGACUUGGCCAUAAAUCACUUGUAAAUGGCUUUCAAAGAAAAGUGUCGAUUGGCCAAAAUGGUGAAUCUGAACCAACCACUUCUAAAACUGGGGCAUUUGAACAGAGGAAUGGACAUCAGACCACAUCAAAUCAGAAAAUUUCCUGGACAGCCUUCAAUGAGCAGAUUGGAAAUGGAUCUCCUGUAAAUUCACUUACUUCUUCUCCACCACUUGAACAUAUGAAAAUAUCUUUCAACGCCAUAGAUGGAUUUGAGACUUCCAAACUCAUAUUGCAAUUUCCUGAUGGGAACCAUUGUAAAGAAAGCAUUAGGGACAUCUUUCCAGCUUUCCAAUUGGUCCCACUGCCUGCUUUUCCUGGUCAUGAUGUUGCUUCGGACUCUGAUGACGACACUUUCUGCAGAUCAUCCCCUUAUUUGUCAGAUGAUUGUCUUAGUCCUUGCACUGAGUCAAAUUCUGAGCAGUGGGAAUCUGGAGAAACCCCUGAAAGUAAGGACCCUGAGCUGUAUGAUGCAUUAAGAAGAUUAUCAUCAAUGGAGCCUGUUUCAAGCUUGUUACAAACUGUGGAAGGAGCCAACGAUAGUGCCCAUGUUAAUAGGGGAAACAAAAGUAUAGUUCAUGGGAAUGGUUUAGAACCAUCUCUUCUUGUGUUUCCUGAUCUCCCAAGUUUUGAUUCUACUAACCCUGUACUACAGGAUGAAACCAAAAGCAAUUCCAAUCAAAAGAACCAUCUAGAAUUGCAAAAUACUAUGGAGCUCACAUCCCUAUCAGCAGCACCUCAUCCACAAUGGCGGGUUUCAGAACCCUGCUUUGGUGUGACAGAAGAAAGACAACAUUCAUUAUCAGAGUCACUCAGACAUGAGCUUGAUCUGAAACUUUUAGGGUCUAUCAUCUCUCAGAAUUCUAAGCCACCCUCUGUUAAGCAACAACAAAUACAUGACAAUGGAAUUGCAGUAGAACCAGAUAAAAAGGUGGACCAAGAGAAGCUGUAUAGGCAGAAAGACUUAUUCAUGCAGGUGAACCUAGAGAAGUUGAAUAAGCAGAAAGACGCAAAUCAGCUGAUUAGUGGCAGUGAUGUUGAUGAAAAGGAAGAAUUCUUGCAUCAGAUCAGAACUAAAUCUUUUAACCUAAGACCCACAGUCACUUCAAAGCCAAGUGUUACUUCUGCUCCCAUGACCAAUGUCUCAGUCACCGCGAUUUUGCAGAAAGCAAAUGCAAUCCGUCAGGCUGUUGGGAGUGACGACGGUGAAGAUGAUGAUACCUGGAGUGACAAUUAAACUCUUUUGGAUGUAAAUUCUGCGAGUCUCCAUCGAGCUUUACACAAUUAGGUGAGUUUUUUUGACAUGUGUAUAAUCCUCGUUUCUUCUUGUAAUUAGUUAGUGUCAUUCAUCUUGUACCUUGUAGCGAUCAUUAGCAUUCAUUUCUUGAAUGGUUAAUGUUUGGAACAGGUAUUUAAGUAUUUUAUGAUCCAAUCUAUCGUUCCUUUAUCCAUUACUUUUUAAUACACUCAUUCUUAUGAUUUAACAUAAGAUCCUUUUGUUAACCAUGAAAUUCGUAUUUGUGUAUUGAAAAGUAAUGGAUGAAAAAUAAUAGGAAGGAACUAGAUCCAGUCUUUAUGUGAGUCGUAAUGUAAUAAGGUACAACAUUUAGGUAAUGAUU